GAGGGAGGGAGGGAGCAUGCCGGCUGGAAGGAGGGAGGGAGACGGAGAGAAAGAGAUUUUCACACUGGCUGUGUCCUAAUCCGAGUCCAUCUCUGAGAGAAGCAGCGGAGCAGAGUGUUAGUGAACUCGAGGCGCUGCUGGUGGCGGAGGUGUCGGAGGCGGUGUGCUGGGGUGGUGGGCACUGCCAGGGCAGAGCAGGGGGCACCGGAGAGGAAGAAGAAGAGGAGGAGGAGGAGGAGGAGGAGGAGGAGGAGGAAAGAGACAAAGUGGAUCAGAUCAACAGCAGCGGACUGGAAAUGCCCGUCAGGUCUGUCGCAACCCGAGCCAAUCACAGCCUUCGUUAGGAGCGGCGGCAGCGGCGUGGGACUGGAGGAAAGAUGGCAAGCAUGCCGUUUGUCAGCGAGGGGAAGUGCGUGAGUGUGGAAUGGGAUUUCCUGCAAGGACUUCUUGCCAAGCCACCCACCCUACCCUGUCUUCAGAACCUGCGCAAAGAGAAAUCUCGCAAUGCGGCUCGUUCACGGCGCGGGAAGGAGAACUUCGAGUUCUUUGAACUGGCCAAGAUGCUGCCUUUGCCCGGGGCCAUCACAAGUCAGCUGGACAAGGCUUCGGUCAUCCGGCUGACCAUCAGCUACUUGCACAUGCGCACCUUUGCCAGCCAGGGGGACCCGCCAUGGAGCCCUCUGCUGGAGGGGGACAGCAACUGCAGCAAAGUUCGACGAUCAGCUCAUUCUCUGGCCACAGACAUGUUUGAGCAACACUUAGGAGCACACCUCCUACAGUCUCUGGAUGGCUUUGUGUUUGUGGUCAGCCAGGAGGGACGCUUCCUCUACAUCUCAGAGACGGUUUCUAUCUACCUGGGGCUCUCACAG